UCGGCACGACACCUCUGUAAAGCACGACAGAGGAACUUGUGUCUCUCGGUAUUCGGUAACACGCACCAUGCUACCGUAGCUGUGUUAUCAACUUUUCUCAAAAUUAACUGAUCAGUGCAUAUGGUGAACAAUUAAAUGGGAAACAUUUACGGGUUAACUAUUUCGACAUAGCACUCACGAGUGUCCCCCAAACAAAACUCAUACACGAGUAAUUCAGUGAUACGGCAACUUUGAAAUUCUGGAAAACUUCAAAUCACGAUAUUUAGUUAUAAAAUUGAUUAGUUCGUCCACGAAGUAAUAUAUCGCAGGUGACAAUAUGUGAUCGAGUGUUAAUCGAAAUUGGCUAUUUCUUUGAACAUUUAUCGCGUUAUCCUGAGUGUAGAGUUUUGAAUGAAUUUGGAUACGUGUAAAAAGCUGCCUCGUCGAGAGGAGCGAUCUUCAACUUUACGAUAUUUAAGCGACUUAUGGUAUUAGGUGUUGCUUAUGCACGUCAGUUUCUCUGAAAAGGGUUUACAACUUUGGUUGAAGCCUGAGAAAUAUACAGUAUGGGAUCUUGAAUCCAUUAUUUAUCUAAACUAAUAGUACUAAUUUUAUGCUUUGUAUAAAACAACGAUAAUAAGAAAAGUGGUAUGAAAUUUAAAAAAAAAAAAAAAAUAAAAUAAAAGAAAGAUUACGAAUACUACGUUUCUUCAUAUCAAGAAAAUUUGUAACUCAUAAUCGAUAGUGGUCUGAAUUUCAUCGUUGUUGCACAUCAAAAGAAGACGUAUCUGUUAAAAAAUUCGUGGAAUGAUGAAAGACUGGAUGAGACAGGAAACGAAGAAGAAGAAGAAAGCGUGAGUGAAAUGUGGAAUCGUGAUUUCGAUGACAGUCGACGAAGUUAAAAUAGAACCGAAAACCGUGAUGCAACGCGAAACGACUGCCUGAAAUCGUGCUCGAGAGAAUGACGAAGAAUUCUUUGCGAAGCUCGUCGAGAAGAAGAGAAUUAACAAAGUUAUCGAAGAUGACGCCUGGAUUCUGAAGCAGCCGCACGAACGUUCGCCAAGAUGGAUCGAGCUGUCCUGUUCGUUCUAUUGAUAUCUACAACGUGUCUCUCAAGUUGCUGUUGCGGACAUUUGAUCGAUGGGAUUUUCACGGAACCGACCUUGGAGCGGGGUUACAAUCUAGUAGCCACUGUCCCGAGAGGUGCUCUCGCUCUGAACGUGACCCAACUGCGUCACACGGAGAAUUAUUUGGCAAUCAAAUUGCAAGAUGGAAGUUAUUUAUUCAAUGGAAAUUACAGUAUUAACUUAUCUGGUAAAUACCAAGCGGCUGGAACCACUUUUGUUUAUCUUCGUCAAGGUCCCCAAAAUUUGGAAAGCUUUUCUGCUACUGGGCCACUGCAAGAACCGAUUGAUGUAAUGGUUCUGUACCAAGAACCGAAUCCAGGUAUCGUGUAUCGGUACGUCAUCCCUGGAAAUGUAAACGUUCCAACAAACUCUCAUUUUGGGCAUAAGACAGUUGCCAUUAAAACUGCCGAGCCUAUCGUUCCGAAUAUACCUCACAGAAGAGCAGAUAAUGGAGCCCCGAAUAUCGAUGGAACUCAACCAUAUCUCCCGAAACGCUACAAGAAACGAAAAUUUGUUUGGAAGUCCACUGGCUACACCGAAUGCAGCAGAUCCUGUGGAGGAGGUACCCAGUUAGUCAAGUACACCUGCAUAAGAGAACACACGCAGGCACAGGUACCUGAGAAGAGGUGCCACGCGUUGGAGAAGCCGCGAGAAAUUCAAUUACGGUGUAAUACUACACCCUGUCCACCCAAAUGGAGAGCCAGCCCUUGGAGCGAGUGUUCUGUUACCUGCGGUACCGGGACACGUGUCAGGGACUUGGAAUGCGUGCAAGAAAUCAAACCGUCGCUAAUAAUGCGAAUAGCCGACGGUGCCUGUAUGGAACCGAAAAUUCUUCAAACGACCGAGGUUUGCGAAAUGCCAGCGUGCGAAUAUGACGUGAAAAUAACACCGGCGCCGUUACCGCCUUCGCAAUGGAACGUGGGCACGUGGUCAUUGUGUUCGACGUCUUGUGGGCCAGGUAAAAGGACGAGGCUCGCCACUUGCUCCGCACAAAGUUCUUGUGAUCCUGAAUCGAAGCCUAACACACAAGAAGCUUGCGAUUUGGGACCAUGCUUGGCCAAAUCACCGCAAGUAAACGGUGUGUCUACGAGACUCCAAAGUCCGUUGUGGUUAUACACCGAAUGGACCGAAGGGUGCUCGGCCGAAUGCGGAACUGGUGUGCAAACGAGAAAGGUCUUCUGCGAUAACAGUCCAGAGGAGGAAUUUUGCGAGCAAUCGAGUCGACCCGAAACCUCCAGAAGCUGUUCCAGUAACAGAACCUGCAGUGGGCAAUGGUUUACGGGACCUUGGUCCGAGUGUUCCACGGAAUGUGAUUCAGGAGAACAGGUUAGAGAAGUAGUUUGCGUAACGACCCUUCGCGGAGCCCUUCGCGUGGUUCUGGAUAUGAACUGCCCCGCUAACAAACCGGAAACAAGGAGACCAUGCAACCGUCCACCGUGUACGUCCAUGUGGUUCAUAUCAGACUGGACAGAGUGUUCCCGGUCAUGCGGAAAAGGUAUUCAGAAAAGGGAAGUGAGGUGUCUGAACAGCGAGGGUCAACCGCCUGAACAUCACGAGCUUCACUGCAAGGACAAGGACAGACCUAUAUCUCGAAGGACCUGCAACGACUACCCUUGCAAGGACGACGUGCACGGAUCUGAAAACCAUCAUAGAGUUCUGCAAGUUCAAAACGAUCCAGAAAUUUCAAAUGGACUGGAAGAAAAUGCACUUUGCAAGGACAGUAUAUCGAACUGCAAUUUAGUAUUGCAGGCUCGGCUCUGCACUUAUCACUUUUAUCAGCAGCAGUGCUGCCUCUCGUGUUCCAGAGCGAAGCAAGAAUUAGAAUGAGAAUCUCUCGCAACCAUUCAAGUAUAAUUUUAAUGUAAAUGUAACGUUUCUUGAUUAAUAGUUGAUAUCGCGACCGAAUCAUCGAAAGUAACUCUAAACGUUAUACGUGUCGCUGUAGGUUUACUUACCCUUGCACUGCCAGAUACAAUACUUAAUGACUACUUUUAAACAAAGUGUUUUUGAAUUAUGUACGGAAAAUUAAUUGGUUGACAGAGCGUGUUACGUAGAGCAAGAAAAUUUUAAUAAAUAUCCACUCGAAAAGUAAUCAUUUUUUUCUUUUAUCAAAUAAUAGCUAUUUAUUUAUUAUAGAGUGUUUGAUAUAUCGAGCGCUUCUAGAAAUCUUAUUUAACAAUUCAUUUGAAACAUUCUUAAAAUUCGUGGAACAAUCUGUCUAAUUUUUCAGACUUGAAAAUUAAGUAAUUGGACAUCUCUGAAACGAUUACUUUUCAGGCAUGUAUUUAUUAAAAAAUACAUUUCUGCUCCUUCUUAUUAGCUUUAUUAGCUAGCUAUAUUUGUAACUAUAAUUUCGAAGCAUAAUCCAUCGGUGUUCUAUUUAAAAGGAUAUAUAUGGAACAAUUUUUAUUUUACGAAACCUUUAGAAAGAUGAGCAAUUCGAUGCUUCGUCUUCCAAUCGUCGUCCAAUUGGCGUGCGCAUGUUGCUUUUGUAAACGAUAAUAAUGAAAUAACAUAUGCAACGUUUUAUAACCUUUAGAAAACGGAUUACUAAUCGCUUUACAAUUAUUGUAGAGAUUAAAGGAUCGGCGAGUACACUGAUCCUCGCUGAUUAUUGCGAACUGAUUUAUCUGUGAACAUUGUGCCUUUGGAGCGUACCAAUUGUUUCGGUCUCUUAUUGGACUGUCACGUGACUUUGUGUAUAAUUAAAUUUCCAACGACGAUUGAAAACGUCGACGAGAAAUUAUAGACUGACUGCGUAAAUUGUAACGAGGCAAUAUUGCCAUAAAAUUUGUAUUAUUCUCCGUUACCCGUACUUGCCAUAAUAAAUGUUAUGCUUUCUA